GAAACACAGGUGAUGGGAGCAGUGGUAGCAACCUGGGCUCUGCCUGCCCCCACCCCCUUCUGCUGCCCCCACCAUCAUGGGCAGCGCUUACCACUGGGAGGCCCGUCGCAGGCAGAUGGCUUUGGACAGGAGGAGGUGGGUGAUGGCCCAGCAGCAGCAGCAGCAGCAGCAGCAGCAGCAGAAAGAGCAAGAGCAGGAGGAACGCCAGUCUGAGGAAAAAACCCAGCCACCUGUGGAGUCUCAGCAAGAGCAGCAGUGGCCAUUGGGGCCUCCACCAGCGCAGCCAAAGCCGCAGGGGACCCCAGUCGGAGCACAGCUGCCCCGGCGGCCACAGCUCGCAGAACAGUCCCAGAUCCUGCCUCUGCCGCCGCCGCCACAGCCACCACCGUCGCCAAGGCCACAGAAUGCCCAAGACUCUCUUACUCAGUGCACCUCCGCGCACAUUCCGCAGGAUUCCCAAAGGCCAGGUCCCCAGCUUAGCUCAGUGGGAGCCCAUCAAUUGCCAGGGCAAUCCAACUUUAGCAAAUUCCUUCAAAACCCUGGUUUCAGGAAAUCAUUCCAAUCUAAUCCAGAUAAAUAUACUGAGCACUCACGAUUCACGUCAACGAAUUACACACAGCAAUGGUGAUCCAGAGAUAGACCCCCACCCCUACCGGCCAUCAGCAAAAAAAUAACCCAGAUGAGGAGCCCCACACUUUUUCAUCCCUGGCAGCAUCUCCACUCCGAAGGCUCCUCCUGAUCCACUCUAGAAGAGGAGGCUAGCUGGGAAUAAAAUGCGAUGGCCUCCUGAAAAGAA